CUUUUUAUCCUUACCACAUACUGUUUAAAUGCUACACUCGCCUUAUCUUAAGAUUUUCAUGCACCCAUGCACUCACACAUGCAUACCCAAUAAACCAAUAUGAAUAGUAGCCUAUGUAACACAGCUUACAAUAUAAUACAGAUUUAAAAUAGUGUAAACUGCCUGCCCAUUAGUCGACUAACUCCACUGCCUAAUAGUAAAAAGGUUGAUUUUGGGAUCAUUGGAUUUCUCCUGAUGACGAGCAGUCAAGCACGUAUAUGAUUAAAAUUUUAUUUUUAACUAAUUUCAUUAGGAAGGCCUCAUGAUGAAGUAGUAUGAUAGCUAAGGGAACUCCUCAACGGUUAACAGUAACUACCUGUCGUUUGGGGUUGAUUAUUUUAUAUUAAUGAGAACUUUGUACUCCUCUGGGUUAAACACAGUAUAUCAGGCCUGUUAAACAAACAAUAAAAAUAAAAAACUGCGUUUAAAAGAAGCGACUACAAAACCAAAAAUUAAAAAUCCACAAAAAGUAAAAAGCAAAAUAGGUUUUUUGUGAAGUGAUUUUUUUUGCUUUUUGAACUAUACAUUUAUUUUGUUACUCGUCUUUAACUGAUUUCGUAAUAUGCAAUCAUAUUAAACAUUUCCUAUGAAAACCAGCGAGUUCAUUCUAACAUUAAUAUUAAAUCGUUGCAUCAUUAUAUUUAUUGACGUCAUCAAAUCAUAAUUUGAAUUCAACAAUGAAAAUAGUUUAUUAUCAUUUCAUAUUUUAUGACUGUUAAUUAUGACACGAGACAUUUAUUGAGAGGUGUUAUAUUGUUUCUAGAUUUUAGCCGUUGCUUAUUAUUUAGGUACGGUACAUGACAGAUUUACUAAAUAACAUUUCAAACAUUACGCUGCUAUGGCACAGAAUAUUUAUACAGGUGGAGCUUCCCGACGUAUGAGAGUUCAACGUAAUGUCAAACACCUAUCUAUAUCAGAAAUAAUUUUACAUCUAAAUAUAAACCGUGCAUAAGAAUUCACAACACAGAGAGCGCGAGACAGUGAGAUAGUGCGAGUCUCUGUUUCCUUGCCAAUAGCUGCGACAUUGUAUCUAUUGACACGGGCCAGCAGCACGUUCGCCGCCGACUAUUUUGAGUAGACGGGUGGCGCACGUGUCGAGCGGCGGCGGCGAAGCAGCGGCGUGCGGAUCCGCGCCCUCAACUUCUCCUCGCAAAAAACCCCUCAAUGAAAAAGGCAAAUCCCUACAGAAUGUUAUUGAGCAGUGCACCGGUAGCGCAGAUGCAGGUGGCCGCGGCGUGGUACAUAUCGCAUCACCGCCCGCCCGCAAUUUCGCGUAAAAUUGGCAGCGUGCGGCGGGCGGGCGGCGGCAGCGGCGCGGAGCGUCGCUCCCGAAAUAGUGUUCGGGCGCGGUCGUACGCUCUCGGGAACGGCGCCCCAGUCGCCGUGUGGCCGCGCGCGCGCACCCGCGUCGCUUCGCCAGCCGUCCCGACGCCGCACGAAUACCCGGGUGAGGGAACGAGCUCGCCGGUGCACGAGUCAACGGUGCGCGUAUUUCGGUCGCGAGAGGGCCCCGGGCCGCGUCGGGCGCGCUGCCCGCGCGCUGGCCGCCGUGCUCUGGUGGUGGUGCGUGGCGCUGCUGCGGCUGGUCGCGCUCUGCGCGCCUCCCCCCGGCCCGUCGCCGCCGCCCUCCGCCCGCGCCGCGGAAGAUGCGCCGUCGGCGGCCGCUUGCGCGAGCGCGCCUUCCAACACCACCGAGCCGUCGCCGCCGCCCGAGCCGCCCGACCCGCCCGCGCACACCGGUCAGUACACCUGCGCCCGCACUCCGCAGUCCGCUCUCCCACUCGCUCCACCUCUUGCUUCACCACGCCACCCGCUGCGUCAACGCUGCGCCGCCGCUGUCACGCCGACUCAAUACCUCGCUCCGACUACUGCUCAUCAUAAUAUUAUUAAUUUCAUAGUUCACCAUAUCACGACAACCACGUGGUCUUGUACCAAUGAAAUGCACCGCCAACACAACAAAGAGUAAAAUUGUUUGUUUAAAUUUAAAACAUUUUGUGAUACCUAAAUGGU